ACCAUCAGUACGAUCUCGGGCAGUUACAGCGCUGGAAUGACCGACGAAUUGAUGGUCGAAGCGGCCAACAAUAACCAUGUUAAGUUGUCUGAAGUUCAGCUCAUACACAAUGAAUUUGGUGCUCCCUUGGAGGAGUGUUACAAAUUGGCCGUUAAGUUCUACAAAGAGAAGGAGAAGACUGGAGAUUUGAUUGUAUCUUACCAUGACCGCGUAAAGCUCAUGGCUCUUAAUAAGCAGGUACGUAAGUAUGUUUCGCGAAAAUUUUGCACAUUUUUCCGUCGUUCUUUACUCUUACUACAGUAUAUUAAAGCGGUUCUUUUCACUCUUUUACUUCACCUAGCACGAAGCUAUUAA